AUGCGGUACGUCGCAGCUUAUCUUCUGGCCGUGCUCGGCGGCAACGAGUCUCCCACCUCCAAAGAUUUGAAAAAGAUCCUCGACAGCGUGGGCAUCGAGACGGACGAUGAACGGAUGAACAAGGUUAUUAGCGAGCUGAAUGGAAAAAACAUCGAGGAUGUCAUUGCCCAGGGUAACGGGAAGCUGGCCAGCAUGCCCGCCGGGGGGGCCGUGGCCGUGGCC